CUUCCUUAUUUCAUCACUUCUCUGUCAGCAUCAUGGCGUUUGCUGGGAAAUAUGAGCUUGAGAGUCAAGAGAACUAUGCAGAGUUUUUGGAAGUCAUAGGGCUCAUCAAUGCUAAGACUGACUUCAAAGUGGUGACAGAGGUGGUUCAGGAGGGGAAUGACUUCACCUGGACACAAACAAUCCCAAACUGGAGCUGGUCAAAUAAGUUCACUGUUGGUGAGGAAUGUGAGCUGCUGACAAUGACAGGCACCAAAUUCAAGGCCCCUGUAGCUAUGGAAGACGGGAAGAUUUCAAUACAGUUUCCUCAGUACCAUUUCAUAGCAGAGAUCAUUGAUGAUAAGCUGGUCAUGACUUGUGUAACUCCAGGAGAGAAGGGUGUGACUUUCAAGAGAGUUAACAAAAGGAUCUAAUGCUGCGAGACUCAACAUGCUUCUGUGGAAAGUAGUGACAAUGCUUAGUACUGUUACUGAAACAGGAGGAAUAUUGUGACCAUCUAAACUGAGGUGGAAGAGGAACAUCUCUUGGCAUCAACAAGACUGAAUCUGGUUGGUUUCAUCCCUUUGCAGAAGUGGUCAGAUAACACUUUGUACUGUAUUUUUUUUGUAUGCGUGUUCAACAGUAAUAAAUUAAAUGCUUGAUUCAACAGAAACCACUCAGAUAAAUUCUGUUUGCCAAAUGAUAACCAGGAUAAAUCUUGCUUUAAAUUCAUUAUAUUAUGUUAGAACUUUUUUUUUUCUGUGAAACUUUUACACAUAAUAUGCCCAUCCAGUUUCUGAUUAAAGUCUAAGGAUGAUCACCUUUAUGUGUCAACAAAAGAAAUGUUCCUCUUAUUUACCAGUUUAACAGAAUAUGAUAUCUGUAUAUCUCCUAGAUUAUUUUGGUUCAACCAGUUUAACUGAAUCAGACCGUUUGUGUUGCUCAAACUAUAACUGGUGUUUGGUUAUAGGUUUUUUUGGUUAUAAGUUUUUUUUUGGUGGUGGGAUGUUUGUGUUGUUUAGCAUCUGCUGACAAGUUUAUAAUUUUAUUUAGAAAGGUUUUCCCCAAAUGAAUAGCUUAAGUUUAAAAAAAGUCUCAUUAACAAAUAAUUGACACAUAAAAGAUACUUAAUAAUAAAUAUACUUAAUAUUGUAACUAUAUAUAUAUAUAUAUAUAUAUAUAUAUAUAUGCAAGUGAAAAAAAAUCCUAUCAUUUCUUUUUCUUUUUUAUUUAACAUGCUCAGUUGGAUUUGAUGCCAGCAAUACAUUUUUAAAAACAUAGAAGGGUAAUGAAAGGACAAAAAGAUGGUUAAUGAAUGAGCACAUUAAUAAACGGAUUAAUGUAAAAAGACAAGAAAUGAAGACAUGAAGAAACAUUGCCCAAUAAAUCUGCUUUCAACACAGAAAAGCCAGCAUCCAAAAAGGUGCAUUUCUCAAAAGUUGCCACAAAGAGGCGCCUUCCCCCAUCAAAGAAAAAGAAAUAACACCAGAGGGAGUUUGCCUUUAAGUUGUAUACUGAAUGAAAUUAAAAGGUUUUACAUUGAA